AAAUAAUAAAUUUAGUGUGAAAUAAGAAUACAUGUUUGUCUCACACAGCAUAUGUAGAAAUGUGUUCGCACGAAGUUUUGAUUUUACAUGAAAUCAUUUUUUCCUAAAUGUGUGUGUGUGUGAUUAAUAAAAAAUGGAAUCUAUUUUUAUUAGAACGUAUAUUAAUUUAGAAUUGUAACCUUAGAGAAACGUAUGCAGACUCAAAUCUCUCCUUAUUUAUCCAUUUCGGAAAUUAUUGACAUCAUUCUGGCAUUCGGCAGAUUACAUAAUGCACGGCUGCGUUCGGAAAACAGCGCUGGCAGAAUUAUUCGGAGGUGACGGUACACACGAUCGAGCAAUCACAGUUGGUGUGUACGAGUGUUUUCGAUCUAAACGACCGCAUUGCGAACGAUAUUCGUGAAUCGAUCUGGCACGACAGAAAGACAGGAUUGACCAUGGCGCGCGAAGGAACGCCUACGAUUGUCGAACGUCUUGAGAAUUUCAUGGAGAACGAGACGGGACCAGGCAAGCUCGUUACUUAUGGCAUCGCCAGCGCCGGUCUAUUAGUUGCUCUAUAUAGAAUCAGACCUUUCGCAAAAUUUACGAAACCGUCCGAUGUACCAUUUCACUUCCUGCAGUCGCGAGUUCCGCUCCAAGGUACCGUAAUGCGCGUGGAGCCGAGCAAUGGUGUUCUACUUAUGGUCAAUCAUGAAUCGUUACUACCCUUUCCCCAUUUUAACAGCAAGAGUUACUUACCUGUAAAACUCAGUGGCGUUGACGUUACGAGCAAUGGUAUAAGUUGGUUGCAGUCCAUAAUCAAUGGAAAUCGCGUUACGUUUGUGCCACUAGCCAAGGAGAACAAUUAUUUGGAGUGUAUAGUUACAAUGCCACAACACGAUCAAGAUUCGUUAAGGGUCGGGGAGGAACUAGUCAAAUUAGGUUUAGGUACAAUAUGCGAGUCUCGGACAGGCGUAAAGGACAAACACGUCCUACUGUACAAACAAUCUCUAGCAAGCGCGCAAAAAUGGGCACGAUUUAGUAGAAACGGACAUUGGCACUUUGUGAAACAGCCAACGUAUUGGUGGAAAAUGCAGAUAUUUAUAAUUAAUAAAAUGAAGUCAUUGUUACCUACUUACAUAGCUAAACAGCUUAAUCUCUAAAAGUAUUGUGGCUUGUUUUUAUAUAAUAAAUAAUUUGAUAUAUAAUAUAAUAAAUUUAUAGUGAUAUAUUUUUUGAGUAAAUUUUUAAAGUUUGCAUUGUAUGAAAGAAUUAUGUACUUUAAGCCUUUCCAAUAAAGAUGGUUAUUUUAGUAA